GAGGGGUGCCCUGGAGCUUGGCAGGGGCUCCUAGAUCUGUCUGGCCUGCCAGGGGCCAAGAGAGCUGAACAGAGGCCAUUCUGACCCUCGCUCCCUGCCCUGCAGUGACCAUUGUCAGUGGCCUUCUCAUGCUGCUACUGUUCCUGUCUGAGCUGCAGUAUUACCUAACUACAGAGGUGCAUCCUGAACUCUACGUGGACAAGUCACGGGGAGAUAAACUGAAGAUCAACAUCGAUGUAUUCUUUCCGCACAUGCCUUGUGCCUAUCUGAGCAUCGAUGCCAUGGAUGUGGCUGGGGAACAGCAGCUGGAUGUGGAACACAACCUGUUCAAGCAAAGGCUAGAUAAGGAUGGCAUCCCCGUGAGCUCAGAGGCUGAGCGUCAUGGUAAUUGGGGGAGGGGGCCAGAUCUCAGAUCCCAGAGCCGGACAUGCCCAAGCCCUACCUUCUGGCAGGUACACUGUGGCUGGCCCAGUGACCAGUGAAGAGCUAAGAUCCAG